AUGGUGACAAUUGGAAGUAUGAAGCAGUGGAGGGUAGUAAGCAAGGAGAAAGGGUUUGAUGGUCUUGUCUAUGGCGAUGCGCCGGUUCCCAAAGUGGGCGAGAAUGAGGUUCUCGUGAAGUUCCAUGGAGUAUCACUGAAUUAUCGUGACCUGAUAAUCACUAAGGGAUUGUACCCAUUCGAUAUUAAUCUACCAACGGUACCGGGCUCCGAUGGCGCCGGCGAGGUUAUCGAGGCUGGAUCUAAAGUAACCCAGUUCCACAAAGGCGACAGCGUAGUUACCUUGUUCAGCCAACAACACCAGUACGGCCCCAUUGAUUUUGCGGCGGCCCAAUCUGGUCUGGGGGGAAUAUUGCCUGGUACGCUGCGUCAGUACGGAGUCUUUAAUGAGAAUGGGGUGGUCAAGAGUCCUAAGAAUCUGAAUCAUCUCGAGGCGAGCACCCUGACAUGCGCGGGUCUUACUAGCUGGAAUGCCUUGUAUGGUCUAAAACCUUUAAAGCCUGGUCAAACAGUACUGGUGCAGGGAACUGGCGGUGUGAGCAUCUUCGCAUUGCAGUUCGCCAAAGCGGCUGGUGCCACUGUCAUCGCGACCACGUCGUCGGACGAAAAGGCUAAGAAAUUGAAGGAGCUUGGGGCCGACCACGUUAUCAACUACAAUUCGAGCCCUAACUGGGGCGAGAUCGCUCGCACGCUAACUCCAGACAAUGUUGGUAUUGAUCACAUCAUCGAGAUUGGCGGUUCCGGCACCCUCACCCAGAGUUUUAAGUGCAUCAAAUUCGAGGGUGUUAUUAAUAUUAUUGGAUUCGUUGGUGGCACUGAUGCCGAGGGCCAACCCCCAAUCCUAAGUGCGCUGAGCAACAUUUGCACUGUGAGAGGCAUCUAUGUUGGAAGCAAGGCGUUGAUGAAAGAUAUGAUCCAAGCUAUCGAGGCGAACAACAUCCAUCCGGUGGUGGAUGAAAAGGUCUUUUCUCUCGAUCAUGCCAGAGAGGCCUAUGAAUACAUGUGGGAUCAAAAGCACUUUGGCAAGCUAACUAUCAAGAUCGACUGA